AUGAUAAAUGGCACUCCGGGUAUCGACAUCCGUUACCCGACGUUCCGACCAGAUGAGCAUAUUGACAUGUAUACUCAUUUUGCCACUGUGGUGCUGCCAGGUAUGGUUCGGCAGAACUGUGCUACAGAGUACAACGAUCAAACAUAUAUGCUUCACCUGGCACUGGAGUUUCCUCCGUUGAUGGCAAUCAUGAUUGGAAUUGCCGCUGUAUAUCGAGAAGACGAAACGUUGGCCUUAGAAAGUUACCUCUUCUCGCUGCAUGGCCUACGAAGUCGCAUGGCCCAUGCCGUCGAUGCUGCUAAUGAAGAUGCCAUCUUGGCUUCGACAAUCCUUCUUUGUGUUAUGGAGUGA